AUGGUCCGGCAAACGACCUCUGUCAGGUCUUACGGUACAUGCGAAUCCGCACCUCACAUGGAGGACAGAGGUGAGGAUGCCGGGCUGCUGUACAUAGAGCCAAGGGCAACGUCAACGGACUGUUACGAUGACGAGAAUGAUACUAAUGCCAAUAUCGAUGGUCGAGAUCCCACACGAGGGAGUGGAUACAGUUCCGCGUCUUCGGAUUCCAUGCAGGAGGGUGUGCGGAAAAUAGAGGCUAUUAGCAAAACGUGGACGAAGAAGUCGUUAAUAGUGGCUUAUACUGGAAUAUUCUUGAUGGCAUUUUCUACCUCUCUGGAAGGCCAGACGGUUCUGUCCUUAUCCGCCUAUGCAACCAGCUCGUUUAGCAAACAUUCGUUGAUAUCGACGGUAAUGGUUGUCCAGAAUGUGGUGAACGCCGUUGUGAAACCCCCAAUGGCCAAGGUCGCCGAUGUUUUCGGUCGAUUCGAAGCGUUUUGCAUAGCUGUCUCUAUUUACGUCCUGGGAUAUGUCCAAAUGGCAGCUUCGACUGACGUGCAGACGUACGCAUCCGCACAGAUAUUUUAUUCCGCCGGUUCAACAGGACUGCAAAUUCUUCAACAAGUCUUCAUUGCGGACACAAGUUCUCUACUCAACCGAGCCCUUUUCUCCAGCCUUCCCGACUUACCUUUCUUGGUCACUGUGUGGAUUGGGCCCAUGAUUGCCGCUGCUAUUCUCCGGGAAACCAGCUGGCGUUGGGGAUAUGGGAUCUGGACAAUCAUCCUACCCGUAGCAUUUCUUCCGCUUGGGUUGGCUCUGUUUGUAAACCAGAGAAAGGCCAAACAGUUAAACCUCCUCAAGCCAAAGCCUUGGAAAGGACGGAGCUUCACUAGUAUCGUCAGAAAGACUUGGUACGACCUGGACGUAUUUGGCCUUCUGCUUCUAUCCGCGGGACUGGCUCUGAUUUUGAUUCCCGUAACGCUGGCGGCAAAUGCGAAGAACAAGUGGAAAAACAACAGUAUCAUUGCCAUGGUCGUCGUUGGUGGUGUCUGUCUUCUGGUGUUUCCUCUGUGGGAAUCUUUAAAGCGGGUGGCGCCGCAUCCACUCCUCUCUCUUCAUCUCCUCAAGCAGAGAACGGCCCUCGCCGGCUGUGCCCUUGCAUUCUUCUAUUUCAUGGCAUUCUACAGCUCCGUCCAACCAUACCUCUACUCAUACCUCCAAGUCGUCCAAGACCAAUCCGUCACCACCGCCGGCCGAGUAACGCAAACCUUCUCCUUCACCUCAACAAUCGCCGCUGUAUCCAUCUCCUUCGUCAUCAGAGCAACAAGGCGCUACCGCAUCUUCGUAACCAGCGGCUGCUGCAUCUACAUCUUCGGCCUCUUCCUCAUGCUCUUCUGCAACAAGCCAGGAGCAUCCGUCCCCUCCACCUUCGCCAUCCAAACAAUCAUAGGCCUGGGCGCCGGCUUCCUUAACGUCCCCGUCCAACUGGGCGUCCAAGCAUCCGCAAAACACCAAGAAGUCGCCGCUGCAACUGCCAUGUUCCUCACGUGUCUUGAGAUGGGUGGCGCGGUGGGUUCGGCUAUCUCGGGCGCUGUAUGGACUAGUUCCAUCCCCAAGAAGCUCGCCCUGUACCUCCCCGAGGAGAGUCGGGGAGAUGCAGAGGAAAUCUUCGGUAAACUUACCAAGGCCCUUUCGUACCCGCUUGGCUCUGCGACGCGGAUCGCUAUCAAUCGUGCGUAUGAUGAGACAUUUCAUAGGCUGCUGGUGAUUGCGCUUUGCAUGGCGAUUCCGAUAAUUCCUCUUAGUCUGCUUAUGACGAAUUAUAGAUUGGAUAAGAUGGACACUCGCCCAAAGGUCGAAAGCAUAGGCGAUGGUGAAGGUGAGGGCCUGAUUUCCCGUCCCUCCCACGACGAAAGUCCCGAUCGCAGCUCGCGGUUUCGAAGGCAUUUUGCGUGA